UCGUUCUUUCCCGCCAUGUCCUUCGCGGAGAGUGCGAGGUCUGUGGCCGCGCGACGGCGCCGCCAGGUCACCCCGGGCCCCGUGUCGCGGCCUGUGUAUUCCGACUUCACUCACGGGGAUGGCUGGGGUGUGGGCGAAGACAGCGAAGACGAGGGGUGCGACCAAGUGGCCCGCGAUUUGCGGGCGGAGUUCUCAGCCGGGGCGAUGUUGGAGCCCAAGAGGGCCCCGCUGCUCCCGCCGGUCGGGGACGGGUCACCUGUCCUGCCCGAGAAGCGCAACGGCAUCUUCCCGGCGACUGCGGCCGCCAGAAGCCAGGCUCGGCGGUGGCCCGUCCAGGUCCUUUCCAUUCUCUGUUCGCUGCUCUUCGCCGGCCUCCUUGCUUUCCUCCUCGCCAUCGCCUAUCUGAUCGUUAAAGAAUUGCAUGCAGAAAAUUUGAAGAAUGAAGAUGAUGUAGAUACUGGGCUGUUAGGAUUCUGGUCUCUGCUGACACUAUCUCUAACUGCUGGAUUCUCCUGUUGCAGCUUCUCUUGGACAGUGACUUACUUUGAUUCUUUUGAACCAGGAAUGUUUCCGCCUACUCCUCUUUCACCUGCUAGGUUCAAGAAACUGACUGGACAUUCUUUCCACAUGGGCUAUAGCAUGGCAAUUUUGAAUGGUGUUGUAGCUGCUCUUACUGUGGCGUGGUGCCUCAUGUAAACCCACAAUGGAGAAGUAUUGUUGGUGAAAGUCCUGAUUGUCUUAUAAUAUCUGAAACAAACAUUGUCUACUCAGAAGACAAGAAUAUGAUUUAGCUACAUACCAUCAUCAUCAUUAUGAAGACCUUAUACCAGCAUUUCAGAAUCUAGGCAAUGGAAAAAUUUGAGUACUUUCAAAUACUUCUUAAAAGUGUAAGAUGUUUACCUCAUCUUUUUACUUUUGUUUAUGUAGUUUUUAUCAGUAACAGAAAAUAUUUUAAUGUAAAUCAAACUUGGAAACUUGAAUACAGGAUAAUGCCUACCUUUCUAUGUAUACUCCAUUUUUUGCUAACAAAUGUUGAUAUUACUGCUUUGAGAUAAAAGUAUUUAUUCUUUCUGUAUUUCAUUAAGAAAACAAUGCUGACCUGCUGAACCAGGUUCUGUGGGUUGGAAGCCAAUCUAUAGCUAUACAGUGAGACCAUUUCAAGAAAAAGAAGAAAGAAAACAAUGCCUUUUACUUUUUACAUUUUGUGGAAACUAUAUCAAUUUUUGAUAAUCAGUAGAAUGCAAAUGUGCAUUUAUAUUUUUAUGGAGUAUACCUAGGGGUUUUAUAUAUUUUCAUAAUAUUGAAUUUGUUUUUAAAAUGAUUAUAUUUAUACUUAUAUGGCUGCAGAUUUUAUUUCUUAGCUGGUGUAAACUUGUUCUUUACUAAGUAUUGUUUCUUUUUUUUUUUAAGCAUUAAAGCACACUGGUUUGAGUUUAAGAUUAUGUAAAUUUAUUUUUUACAAAAAGAUACUGAAAAUUCAGGGUAAACUCUUUGUCAAGAAAUUUGAGACUGUUAACCAUUUCUAUUUUCUACAAUUGAAAAUAUUUAUUUUGAUGUAUAUAUCAGGGCAACAAAACUUGUACUAUUUUGUUUUUAGUAAAUGAAAACCUGAAUGUUUUUUUUUAGAAAUGUUUGAACUUUGUAAUUUUUAAUCUCAAGAAUAUAGAUGCCAAAGUAGAAAA